AUGACCACUGCAUCUGUCCACGACCUCAAGAACGACCUGAAGAUGAUGUUCGUGAAACGCUUCCUCGGCCAUGGUUUCAAGCUCCCGGUCAUCUUUUCCGACGAAUGCUGCGACGAUAGACAACUGCUGCUUACGAUGUUCAAGGAAAUAGAGUUGGAGACUGGGGCGCGCUUGUACGACACAGCUGAAGAGGCGGGAGGGGGCUCUCCAGGGGUUGAAGUGUUGCCCGCGCUGGAGUUCCCGCCGGGCAAGCGCGGCGAGUGUGUCUUUGACUUCAGACCUAACUCUAUCGCGCCGUCAGUCGUGGCCCUUACUGACGGCUGCCAGCUGCAGGGGAACGUUUUGGGUCUAGAUUGUGAGUGGGAACCAUCCUUGGCCGGCACCACACCUAACCCUGUCUCAACCGUUCAGCUUUCGCUUCCUGAUGGCACGGCCUACUGCUUUCAACUUCAACGCGGAAACAAGAAAACGACUUCGUCGAACUUCCCGAAGGCCCUGCAAAACCUCUUGGAGAACCCUUCGAUUGCAAAGGUCGGCGUCAACAUCAAUUCGGACGCGACGUAUCUAGAGCGGGACUACGGGAUUGAAGUCGCGAACACGGUGGACCUGCGAACGUACGCAAGACAGUGUUGGGUGGAGACCCCGAGUCGUUCGCUUGCGGGUAUGGCGUCUUCUUUGCUCGGGAGACAAUUACCCAAGGAUCCAGUCAUCCGCUCGUCUCGCUGGAGUUCUCCCCUCAGUGACAACCAGGAGGUGGCGAAGUUCCAGGAUCCUAUUUUUUCCCCUCCUCCCGUGGAGCUGCAUCCCGGAACAAAGGUACGACUCUACAGCAACAACCAUGCCAGCUGUGUUGGUGUUGGAGAAGUACAGGACGAUGACACCGCUGCCGAAGCCUUGGCUGGCUGGUUCCCUGGCGCACGGAGGAAAGGGCGUCUAACGCAAGUCGUAGUCGGGUUGAGCGGGGUGUUCAAGCCUGCAGCGUACACCGCACACAAAGGUACACCUAGUGCGGCGUCUGGUGUGGGCCGCGUGACGAUGGAUGAGGCGUACAAAGGUGACCGGCUUGUACUUUGGGAUGUCGCCCAUGUUCGUCUCGUGAGCGACUGGAAACCAUCUCCUGCAGCAGCAGCACCUUCAUCGAAUGAGAACGCAAGUGAAGCUUACAACGACAACGCCCAGUUCUUCACGUCCCCGAGACCUCCGCACGUGGUACGCUUACAAGAUGAUGAAGACCCGGACGACGGCGAUGAGGAGGAAUAUGAUGGGCAUGACUGCGGCGACCUUGGUAGUUCCGCCCGCGGCGAUCACGGGUUCUGGGCAGGGGUCGAGGCCGGGGGCGGGGGGGGCGGAGCCGUCAACGGGACGGGCGGGGCCGGCAACGGGACGGGCGGAGCCGGCAGCGGGACGGGCGGAGUCGGCAGCGGGACGGGUGGAGCCGGCAGCGGCGGUGAUGUCGACAUGGAUGACUGGUUAGGUGACGAGCAGUGUGCGCUGCAGGUUCGCCUAGAUAUCUUCCACGCACUCCAGCGCAUUUCAAGGCUGUGCAAGAAGAGUCAUGGCGCCUUCAAGCCCUUCAUGGCUCGACUGAGAGACGCUUGCUUCAUUGUCAACCAGGAUGACAUCAAGGAGGUAGAGCAGGCCCUUGGGUCCAAAGGGAUGACACCAGAAGCCGUUGCUGAAUAUAAGGACAAGAAUUGGACCUAUUUCUUACGGAAUUGCCGGCGGCUGGUGCCGGAGCGGCAACGAUUGCUCGAGCGCUUCAAUUCGGUGAUUAAUCAGUUCUGCAACGUAGUCGAUGCGAAAUCCGGAGAAGUACUUAUUCGGCCGAAGGCAAUGCAGGCCGUCGACCAGCUCCGCAAGCACAUCGAAAGUGACUGCCUAAGCGACCCUCACGGUGUGCCAUUGUACUACACAACGGGGCAGAAUGCAGCGGGGAUCACGACUCGUCGCUGCGUCCGAGGCACCAACUACACCGAGUUCAACUACCGUUGGAACAUCAGGAUGGCUGUGAAGAACCGCGGCCUACCAAGGGAGGUUGGGGAGUUCUUCGAUCAAUUCGAGAUUGAGAUCAUUCAACGUGAGACCUCUAGCUGGUACCCAGACAACCCCCUGUUUCCUGAAUGGAUCUCUGCGCUUGACGCAGCAGACACUGGUGAGAAGAGCGGCCUUUCUCAGAGCCUGUAG